AUGGCCAACGGCACUUCGGUUGGGGAGACGAAGUUCAUAUAUUACAUCGAUGAAGAAGAAACUCCUUACCUUGUUAAACUCAACAUUGCUCCAGAAAAAGUCACUCUUGGCGAUUUCAAGAACGCUCUAAACAGACCGCAUUCGAAAUUUUUUUUUAAAUCACUGGACGAUGAUUUCGGGGUUGUUAAGGAGGAAAUAUUCGAAGAUAACGCUCCACUCCCUUGUUUCAAUGGCCGUGUCGUUUCUUGGUUGGUGACUACAGAUGAAAGUAUAGCAUCUGAUCCAGGUGUUCUCAACCCCUCAGUUGAGGCAAACGCUAGUGUAAAUAGUAGUAAAUAUGAUCCUAACCUUGAUUUGGAGUCAAAUAAUACGCGCAACAACGAAUGCAAAAUCAACUCUUGUGUACUUCAGUCACAUACAACCGCUGCUCCAGCUGAUUCUACUUCUGCAAACCUGGGUCAUAGAGGAAAUAUUGGACAAAAUUACGAUACAGAAACGGAAUCUGUACAUAGUGCUAACCAAGAUCGCAUUGCUCCUCUACGGAAUUUUCACAAUUAUAAAUCUAGUGGUCGACAUCACCAUACAACGAGUGGUGGUAGUCAUAUUACUCAACAGACAACCCAUAGUGGUUCACGCCAUCGCCACUAUCGUUAUUUGCCUAGUUCAAAUACCUAUGAAGCUCCUUCAAUGAUGAGUUCUGAUUUAGAAUCAACUAGCUUCUUAGACUCGGAAGAAGAAUCUAGCAGAUUUUCAUCAGUCACUGGAACAACAUUAUCUUCCCGUCGGUAUGGUCGUGCACGUCGCAGACGAAGACGUAGGCGUCCACCACCAAUCAGCCGAGCCUCUUCGUUCAGCAGUAUUACAGACUCCACCAUGUCUUUAAAUAUUGUGGCAGUUACGUUGAACAUGGAUAUCGUCAAUUUCUUGGGUAUUAGUAUAGUUGGUCAGUCAAAUAAAUCUGGAGAUGGUGGGAUUUAUGUAGGUUCUAUCAUGAAGGGUGGUGCUGUCGCUCAAGAUGGACGAAUUGAACCUGGGGAUAUGAUUCUGGAAGCAAAUGGAAUUAGUUUUGAAGAAAUGAGUAAUGACGAUGCAGUUCGCACAUUACGAGAGCAAGUUCAGCGUCCUGGACCUAUUACAUUAGUUGUUGCUAAAUGUUGGGAUCCUAAUCCAGCCGAACGUUAUUUUACAAUACCUCGUCAAGAACCUGUACAUCCUAUUGAUCCGCGUGCCUGGGUGUUACAUACCAACGCAAUGACCACACCAGACUCACAGGUUCAAAGUAGUGAUAUACAUAGACAAGUUAAUGGGACUUCCAUGACUGGUGCCUCGUCAGGUGGUGAGUCUAGCUCCACUCUUAGUCCCCCUGGUCUUACCCCUGGUAUGAGUAUGGGCACUUUGACAUCAGGGCAAACUUCAAUGCCGCUAGGCACAAGUGCAGCAGCGUUCAAUAUGGCUGCUUUACUUGCAGCCUCUAAACAAAAACAGCAACAAGAACAAGAACAUCAGCAGCAACAACAUUUACUUCAACAACGAAUUCAUUUAUCACAACCCGCGUUUUAUCCUACGUCAAAUUUAUUACUUCCCCAUGGUUAUACUCAACAGGUCGCUCCUAGCAUUGUUACUGCAUCCAGCUCGCUGCCGGAGAUUGAACGUUACUCAGACCCCAUUCCAUUAGGUCUAUCGACAAGUAUUCCCACAGUUAUUCGUGCAAUGCUCCAACCUGAUUCUGGUCUUGAUAUUAGGGAUCGUAUGUGGCUCAAGCUAACCGUACCAAACGCGUUUAUAGGUUCUGAUCUAGUUGAUUGGCUUUUCCGUCACUUGGAUGGUUUGACCGAUCGCCGGGAAGCCCGAAAGUAUGCAUCUAAUCUGCUCAAAUUGGGAUACAUUCGGCAUAUUGUAAAUAAGUUAACUUUUUCGGAACAAUGUUAUUAUGUCUUCCGGGAUAUAAGUGAACAUAUGUCUUGCUUAAGCCUAGAAGAAGUUGAUAGUGUCAGUGAAGUUGGUGCACAUUCUCAUCCCAAUUGGGGACACAAUACAACAAGUACUAGUUUAACUGUUAGGGCUGGUGCUAGCAUGCCUGAUUACAAUCCGGGUUUUUCUGGAUCUCAUGGAAUCGGAGCAGCAAGUAGAGAAGGGAAUAGCAGUCAGUAUAGCACCGUCCCACCGAUGUAUCAUCCACCUGCUCCGCCUCUUGCUGCUCCUAUUCGUCAGUUGAUCGCAGACGGUCAAAAUAUAGCUGCUAACGCAAAUCUCCAACAGCCACACAGUGGGCCCCGAUUGAAUAAUGGAAAUAGGGAUAAUAUUUCAGGCUAUUCCAGUUCAACAUCUAGUACAAGUAGUGAGUCAGGUCAUUUCGCUCAUGAAAUUCCUGGACAUACGAAAUCACGCCCCAAAGAAACAUCCGCGUCAAACCACAUUGGGGUUCAGGGAUUCAGCCAUUCUAGACAACAAGAUUCAGUUUUACCAAAUGUACGGUCACUAAAACAGCAACAUUCCCAGUCAAAUUCUAAUUUGGCACAAAGUCUCUCUGCUACUGGUGGUGUUGCAGGCAAUCAGUCUAGAUUAAGACCUCCUUUUUAUUCUAAUGGUAAUGAUCUAUCUCAACAAAACGAGCUUGCAGCAUCAUCUACAGGAUCUAGUUCAACUUCUUUUGGAAACCCAAGACAGAAUGUUCCCGCUAAUAAUUCUGAUAGCAAGCAACACCAAACACAGGAAUCAGUUAAACGAGAUUCUAUGCUCAGUUCGAAAAGUAGUAGCAGCAGUAGCUGUACUCCGUUGAAUGCAAACAUGCAGGAAAAGCGACUGUUCAAUUCACAUCGGUCAUCCUUAGACAUGAAAUCUGGAAAAACAGAAUUACCGUGGUUUGGAAAGAUUUUUCUACCUCAUCCCAUCUCUUCUCGAAGGUUUCCAAAGAGAUAUAAUUAUUUUGACCACUUCGUUGUAAUUACAGUGAUAUGUGAUACUCGGAUUUCCAUAAUAUAA